AUGCUCGUCGCAUCCAUCCUCAAAGUGUUUUACUGGUUUGGUCACUACUACUCGCUCUCGCUGCUCGUACAAGCGGUGAUCAUGAUUGGGGUCCAGAUCGUCUUGCUCAAAGUUGCGUUGGAUAACCGGCCGUCGCCGGGUGUGAAAAAUGGGGUGGAGCAUGUUCCGUUUAGCAAUUUGGAUGAGAAGGGGUCUGUCAGACCAUACGAAUUCUGGCAGUGGAAGUCCGCAAAGCCGUACUGGAUGUUCUUGGCCUACUUCGUCGGGGCGCUAUCAUUCGUCCAGAUCCUUCUGCCGCCCAUCGCUGAAUCGGACUUCUACGUGAACCUACUGGGCUAUGCUGGUCUGGCUGUAGAAGCUAUCCUGCCUCUCCCUCAGAUCAUUGCCAAUCACCGGACUCGUUCGUGCAAAGGAUUCCGGGUUUCGGUGCUGGCAGCUUGGAUUCUUGGUGAUGUCAUGAAAAUGAGUUACUUCUUCUGCAGCAAAGAAGUGAUUCCCUGGGCCUUUCGGUUGUGUGAGCACUACCUCGCUCCUCUCCACCUGGCCCUUCGCUCGCCAGCCGCCUCCUCUCUUCCAUUCAAGAUCACGUUGACUCCGUUCCCCUCCGGAACGGGGCACAUGAUCACAUCCCUUCGGGAGAAGGAGAUUGAUAUCGCAAUUGGGCUGACCGAGGGAUGGAUUGCUGGGUUAGCUGGUAAGCAGCAGGCUCAGAAGGAUGCUGCCUCGGGGGGUUACAAGGUGGUUGGCCAUUGGGUUGAUACACCGCUGCGGUGGGCGAUUAUCACCGGCCGGGAGCGAGAGGAGCUUCACACUGUUGCAGAUCUAAAGGAUAAGAGAGUUGGUGUCAGCCGUCUCGGAAGUGGCUCCCAUAUCAUGUCCUUUGUGCUGGCACAGAAGCACGGCUGGAAGCCCGACUCCUUGACACCGGUUGUCCUUGGUCCCUUCCAGGCUUUGCGGAAUGGGGUGACAGGGUACGAUGCCUCGCACCCCGAUCAGCCUCCCGCGCCCUCGGCUGAAUUCUUCAUGUGGGAACAUUUUACCACAAAACCGUACUUCCACGCGACCUUAGACAAGCCUCACCCGCCACUGAAGAAGAUCGGUGAGAUAUUCACCCCAUGGCCGUCCUGGCUUAUUGUCGCAUCCACCUCAGUCUUCCCUGACCCCGAACAUGACGAGAAACUCCAGCAAUUGUUUCAUGUGCUGGACCAAGGUAUCAAGGAAUUCCAGGCCAAUCACGAUCAGGUUGUGAGGCUUCUGGGUACAGGAGAACUGGGAUGCACAUACAUUGAAGAAGAUGCAAAGGAGUGGCUGAAGGAUGUCAGAUUUACCGGCAGUACAAGGGGCGUGGACCGGAAGGUUGUGGACGGUGUUGUGGACGUGCUCAAGGUCGCUGGAGUCAUUGACUCUGGGAUGUCGAACGAUGAAGCCGCCACGAGGGUGAUUGGAAUUCCUCGGUGA